AAGGAACGGCGUCGUUUGAUUUUGGACCCCAAACGCAGUUGAGAAACCAAUUUCGCGAGAAAACCAGAGAAGAAAGAAGGAAAACAGAGAGGGCGCGAUUUCGCAUCAACAAUGGAGGAGCUAUUCGUGGCAGUUCUAUCGAUGCUUCUCGUAGCAGCGUUGAUCCCACUCUACCUAUGGAAACGCCGCCAGGAUUCGAAACCUCCCCCUCCCCACCGCGACGAAGCUCCUCAGGCUCCGCGGAGAGAAACGGUGGCCCGCGCCACCGCCACUCGUCGCAUGCGUCGCCGACCUACCGCGUCUGGAGCUAGUACUUCGGCAGAUCCACCUGCGACGCAAGAAGAAUCUGCUGGUGAGAGUGACGAUGAAGCUGCUGGUGGAGGGUAUUAUGAGGCUAAAGCACCAAAGAAAAAGGAAACUAAAAAGCAAGAGAGGGAAGCACGGCGUCAGGCUGAGGAAGCUGCACGAGAGUCAAGGCAGGCAAAACAAGAUCGUUAUUCAGAAAUGCGGAGGUUGAAGGAUGAGGAGCGUGAGGCAGAGGAGCGUAAGUUGGAAGAGGAAGCCAGAGCUCAGAAGGCUAAGGAGGAGGAGGCUGCUGCAUUAGAGUUUGAGAAGUGGAAAGGUGAAUUUUCAGUUGAUGAUGAAGGUACCCUUGAAGAAGUGCAGGGUAAUACUGAAGACUUGCUAGGCAAUUUUGUUGAAUAUAUAAAGAAGCACAAAUGUGUUCCCUUGGAAGAUCUUGCUGCAGAAUUUAAAUUGCGUACACAGGAAUGUAUCAAUCGCAUCACAUCUCUGGAAAGUAUGGGUCGGCUUUCGGGUGUUAUGGAUGAUAGAGGGAAAUUUAUUUACAUCUCCCAAGAAGAGAUGAAAGCCGUCGCUGAUUAUAUUAAGCGGCAAGGGAGGGUUAGCAUUUCCCACUUAGCUAGUAAAUCGAACCAGUUCAUUGAUUUGGAGCCUAAAGUCCAGUACUCUGAGGACAUUAACAUUGCGGAGGAGAUAACUGUCAACUGAGUUUGUUUUUUGACUUGGUGGUGCGAGGAAAAUCUUGUUGUACAUAAAAAAAGAAGAAAUUAUCUCUGUUUUGCCUAGGGUUUGGUACAUGACUUUGAACAGCUUUAGUAUAACAGCAAUUUCAGAUUUUUCCUGCCGAAAGUACACAAUAUAGAAAGAGAAUGUAUUUCAAGAGGUAGAUUUACGUAAGAUGAAAUUACUCCCCAUCACACUAUUUUUUGAAAUUGUAUUACAUUUUGUUGGCUGUAACAAGUUUAGCAUUACUUGCAGAUCCAACACAUCAGGACA